GGCCCGGACCGGCCCACUCCGUGCUAUCCUUCCGACCCCUUUCUGGUAGCCUUCUCUUCGCCUGGACUGAAAGAUUUGAAAGAACAAUACAUCAUGGGAGCUUUUCUAGACAAGCCAAAGAUGGAGAAGCACAAUGCCCAAGGGCAUGGCAAUGGAUUACGCUAUGGGUUAAGUAGCAUGCAAGGUUGGCGAGUUGAGAUGGAAGAUGCACAUACAGCUGUGAUUGGCCUGCCAAAUGGACUUGAUGGAUGGUCUUUUUUUGCUGUGUAUGAUGGACAUGCUGGAUCCCAAGUUGCCAAAUACUGCUGUGAGCAUUUGUUAGAUCACAUCACAAGCAAUCAUGAUUUUAAAGGAUGUGGUGCUUCACCAUCUGUGGAAAGUGUAAAGACUGGAAUCAGAACAGGUUUUCUGCAGAUUGAUGAACAAAUGAGGUUACUAUCAGAAAAAAAACAUGGUGCAGACAGAAGCGGGUCAACAGCCGUGGGAGUCUUGAUUUCUCCCCAACACACUUAUUUCAUCAACUGUGGAGAUUCUAGAGGUUUACUUUGUAGAAACACAAAGGUUUAUUUCUUUACACAGGAUCAUAAACCAAAUAAUCCACUGGAGAAGGAACGUAUACAAAAUGCAGGUGGUUCAGUAAUGAUUCAGCGUGUGAAUGGAUCUCUGGCUGUAUCUAGAGCACUUGGGGACUUUGAUUACAAAUGCGUUCAUGGGAAAGGCCCCACAGAGCAGCUUGUCUCUCCAGAACCUGAAGUAUACGAAAUUGAGAGAUCAGAAGAAGAGGAUCAGUUCAUCAUAUUGGCUUGUGAUGGUAUCUGGGAUGUUAUGGGAAAUGAAGAGCUGUGUGAAUUUGUCAGAUCAAGGCUUGAAGUCACUGAUGAUCUUGAAAGAGUUUGUAAUGAGAUAGUUGACACCUGCUUGUACAAGGGUAGCCGAGACAACAUGAGUGUGAUACUGAUUUGUUUUCCAAAUGCACCAAAGGUAUUACCAGAUGCAGUGAAGAGAGAGACAGAGCUGGACAAGUUCCUGGAAAGCAGAGUAGAAGAGAUCAUAAAGAAGCAGGGUGAAGGAGUACCAGACUUAGUCCACGUCAUGCGUACAUUGCAAACAGAGAGCAUCCCAAAUCUUCCACCCGGGGGUGAAUUGGCGAGCAAACGGAGUGUGAUUGAAGCCAUUUAUAACAGACUGAAUCCUUAUAGGAAUGAUGAAGCUGACUCUGCAUCAACUGAUGAUAUGUGGUAAAAUGCCAUCUAAGCUGUGGAAUUAGCACCGAUUCUCCUAAUGGGAAACCAACAACGAUCCUUCUUAGCAUCAGUUUCACAUAUGCUUGAAGGGAAGUGAUGUUGGUAUUAGUGAAUACAUCAGAAAACAGCAGUUCAACACUUAUCCCAGGAAUUUUUUUUUUUUUUUUUGUGAAGCAAACUUCUGUAAAAGUGAUACUGAAACUAUGAUGCUGUAAAUUGGACUCCAAGCAAUUUUAUGUUGUAUGAUUUUGUUUUGUAAAGUGCAGUUGUGGUUGUCCAGAAUGCUUAUUCAUAAUGAGCUGUUUUACAUCGUAAAUGAAAGGCUUGGUUUGUUGUUUAACACAACAGUACUCUAGCUCUUUCUAUUUGUUUUUGUGGUUCUGGAUUGCUGGGAGUAGCAACCUAGCCAGCAAAAUACUCAGGAGGUGCAUGAAAAUUUUGUAAAGGAAAUUUGAUAUAAAGGCAGAUUGUUGUAACUGUAGUAUGGAAAAUAACUGGAACACAGUUAAUUUUCCUUCAGACUUUAAUUGUUUUUUGAUCUUAAAAUUAUGGCAGAUCUAAAGUCCCACUGAAAUAUGUGAAAGAUUUCAGCAAAAGAAGAAAAGUUCAUCAACUUUACAAGAUGGCUAUUAAAUAGAUCCUGGGAGCUAAAAACUUUGAUGAAUUGCACCUUUUUUAGAGAAAAACUUUACCUUCGAUUAAGUAACAGUUAUGUUAAGAAAUGGUAUCUUUCUAUAUUUAGUAGGAGCAUGCACCAUUUUAUUAGCCCGAUUGGCUGGAUUGGCUGCUGUUCCAAGUAAAAAUUCUUUUUAAUUCCAUUUUAUCAAUAAAGCUUGAUUUAACAAGAAAUUUAACAAGAAAUGUGUAACUCAUUCUCUUUCCUUUUGUCUUCUGAAAUGUUCAUAAAUAAAGUGUCAUGUUGAUAAAUAUUUUUAUUAAACAAUUGCCCAUUUAUGAAAUGGGAAGAACUCUUGAUUGUGCCCAAGGCACAAAUGGAGUUUAUUUUCUAAUUAAUGGGCAUAAUAUGCUUUGAGAAACAGAAUGAUCUUGUUACAUGAGUUUUAUUUCAAGAUUUUAGUUUGAUAGCAUUAUAUGAGCAUACUGUAUACUUGCUUCUUAACGAAAUUAAUUUGUCAGAGCCUGACAAUCUUAUUUUGACUGAACAGUAGGUGUGAUUUGAAGUGCAUAGAUUCAGAAUAUUUAAUCAUUGAGUUUAAUUUGCUUUUUUUUAAAAAAUGAAAUAAUAAAACUAAUUUGACUUGAAUUUUCCUCUACUGAAAACAAGAUAAAUUGAUUAUGUGUUUGCAGAACUACUGUUUUAUGCACCUUGUAUUUUCUUUUUGUUUUUUUCAGUUGAGGGUAUUGUAUGAUCAUUAUGUAUUUCUGUAAAUUUUCAGCCAACUGAUGCCCCUCCAAAGGAAAACCAACAAUAUAUAAAUAGAUAGUAACAAUGUAGCUAGCAUUUUUUAAAAGGUGUAAAACAUACCUUUUUAUAGGAAGCAAUGUACAACUCACAUGUUUAUAUCCCUCUUUCCUUAAUUUCCAGAUAUACAUUUGUUUGUAUAUAGAGCCUUAAAACUAUUGCAGUUAGGAAAUGUUGAAAAAGUAAUGUCUAAGGAUUGUUAUUAUUAUAAUCGGCAAAUAUUUUAUUUCUCUUGUUUGGUUGUUUAACAUCACUGUAUUCAGUUUCUACCCUUUUGAAGCAUGAAUGAAGAAAACAUAAGCACUAUUUGUAUUUAUAAAUUUAGAGCAGCUUUAGGUAAAGCAGCAGUCACUCACCCUACCUACAUUAAAUGCUUAAAAUACAGUUUUGUUGAGUUCAGGCAAUAAAAUUGUUAAGUAUAACUUCGUAUACACCUAAUUAAGAGGCUAUAUUUGAAGUACUAAUCAAUUAACAAGAAUGGAUUGGUUUUAGAGUUAGGAACAGAACUCAGCAUUGUUUUUUGUGUAUAUUGAAGUAUACACAUAUAUAAAGGUGGCAAAAACUCAGACCAGAAACAAGUUUUUAAAAUUCUCAAAUGGAAAGCCAUAUGAUUAAUAUUAUCAAUUGUAAUAACAGCACUUGUUUAAAAUUCGUGCAACGUCUUAAAGAUGAGAACCGUUAUUCUGCUAUUACUUACAAUCAUUCUUAAAAGUAAGAGUUGGGUAGAAAAGAGGUACAGCAGUUGUACAUUAGCCUAUCUACGUUUGGCUCUUUACUGGAGUCAAGGCACUGUGUUACUAGGCUUAUUAAUUAAUACAUGGCAAUUUUAUGUAUUAAUCAAAGUGAAAUUAAAUUCAUAUAAUCCAUGAAUUACAAAUUUUAAUAAGGAUGCUUUUUCUUGUUCACCAAACUGCAAAAAAUAAAACCGUGUUGUUGUUGUUUUUCAUUUUUGCAACUUUUUUAUAUGCUAGAAAUGUCUGAACACCUCAGGGGCAGUCCAGCAUAGUUUAAAGAAUUGUGUGCUACAGUAUUUAUUUCCCUAGUCAGAGGUGAAAGAGUGGAUGCCUGUCUGCUGAUGAAAUAAAAUAAAACAAUGGUCCCAAAUUUUGCUUUUUCUUUCUGUGCAUGUUGUUCUCUACACAGUAUUUUUCACAGCAUUAAAUUUCUGGUAUAGUUUAAAUGGAGACUUUUGAGAAUUGAUAAAUUUAAGGUAAUUUAAGGCAAUUCUGUAUUAAGUAGCUUUAAACAUUGAUACUCUCUCAUUCAUUUUGGGGGAGAGAGGCGUGUU